GUGAAAGAUGAGCGGAAGGCACAGGAAGUGUUUGACUUGGCUGAUUAUGAGCGUUCGGAGGAGCUGAGGAAAGCGAAGAGUCGCAGCAAGAAGAACCACAGCCGCUUCACCCUGCUGCGCUGCCGGCAGCCAGGAAACACCGCUCCCAACCUUUUGUUUCUGGCUGUGAGUCCGGAGGAAAAGGAAUCAUGGGUCAACGCCCUCAACGUGGCAAUCAUCAAAGCCAAGAACCGCAUUUUAGACGAGGUGACCAUCGAGGAGGACAGUGCACUGGUUCAUCCCACUAGAGACCGGGCCAAGAUUCCUCAUGGCCGCCGGCUGCCGACGAGAGGACACCUCAUGGCUGUGGCGUCCACCUCUUCCCAUGGCAUGCUGACCCUUGACCUGGUUGCUGAAGAAGAUGGUUUCUCUCCGGACUACGAAGGCGACUCGCAGGAAUCCUGGGAGAACAGCUUCCAAGCCGACCUGCAAAUGUCGUGUGGACAGGUUGUCGGAUCUCGGGGUGUUGGAGUUCGUCAGCGAGCCGACACAGAUGUGUCAAAGCUGCGGGUGACCUCGAAGGAACCCAAAGUAAAAACCGGCAGUCUGCCCAGGGGGAGUGAGCGUUCCUGGGGCAAACAGUCUCACUUGGAGGCCUCCAAGGUCCACAAGACUCAGCAGGUCCUUCAGGCUCAGUCUCGGACACCGCAGCCGGGGAAGAGGUUCAGCAUGCAGGGCCGGAGUCGCUGUGCCUCCAUGGAUGAAGUCCUGUCCUCCAGACCGGCGAUGAUUCGCUCUGAAUUGCGCUCCGCUCUGCGUCGAUGUCCAACUGAAGAGGAGGCGGGGGGUGGAGCUUCAGUGCAGCCGGUUGGUCAGCUGCAGAGCCUGAUCGCCCAGAGGAUGCAGAGAGCUCAGGAGCUGCUGGAGGAGAUGAGACUGCAGGAGCUGCAGAAGGCAAAAGCAGAGAGAGAACAAGCAGGCAGCUCAACUUAUCUGAAGGGCAUCGACUCCCCUCGCCUCCACCACCUCAGGGGCUCAGACUCUCCUCACUCCAGCAGGUCGUCUGGAUCUCCAAGGAGCAGGAGCAGCGACUCUCCUCGUCUCCGGGGUAAAGACUCUCCUCGUCUGAGAGGGAGAGAGUCUCCACGAUCCAAAGCAAAGAGGAAUCGCUCCAAAGGGGCCGACUCGCCUCGCUCCAGAGGAUCCCAUUCACCUGCCGCUAAAGCAAACGACUCUCCUCGACUGACCACCACUGACUCUCCUCAGACGAAGAGGUCCGAAGCAGUCCACUCGCCAAAACUCAAGGGAUCAUCCAGCUCCUCUUGUGCCAACUUUCCUCAGCAGAAGUCACCUCCAUGCAUCAGAGGAUCCGACUCCUCUCAGCUCAAAGGAUCUGAUUCACCACAAAUCAGCGAAACCGACUCCCCAAGUCUGGGGAGCAGCAAGGAGUCACCCUGCCUGAGCCAGAAGAACUCCCCAAGUCUUUCUGGAUCCUUUGAGUCCUCGCAGCCCAAAACCCCCGAAAAACACAGCUCGUCUCCACCUCCGCCCUCUUCGCUUCCCUCCCUGCUGUCGGAGGAGGACCUGGAGGUGGAGAACAGGCGAGCAGAGGCUGAGCGUCUCCUGGAGGAGGCUGUGUCGUCGUGGAAGGAGGCACAGGAGGUCCUGCAGGAGGUGAAGGAGCUGCAGAGCCAGACACUGCGGCGGCAGCGCAGGAAGACCUACGAGAAGAUGACGACUAUAGCGGCAGCGGCUGGGUUGCCCACGGCGACCACGGCAGCAGACGAGGACGACACACCCACCUCGCCGACGUCACCUGAGGACGACGACGAGUCCGAGACGCCUUGACAAGGAU